CAAAUUUAUGCCAUCGUUAAUAUUUUCAAUUUCUACAAAAUAUCCUAUUUAAUUAUUAUAAAUUUAAUUCAUAUUAUUUGGUGAUUAAAUCAAUAUAAAUCAUCCAGAUGUAUUCUGCUGCUUCCAAAUUACGUGGCUCAACAUUUUUCAAGGCAAAGAUCAAUUUGCAAAAUCCUUCAGCUUCAACUUUUUCAAAACUGAGCUCAAAAUCAAAAGUUAUUGAAAGAAGAAACCUAGAAUUGUCAAGACUCAAAAAGAAUGCACAGAACUUUUUCAGGUUGCAAGAUGAGUGCGAGAAAUCGAACAGUGAUACAGGGUCGAACAAAAAAGCAAUUUUAUUGAAAAAGCAGUUGAAACUCAAAGAUACUAUUCAUAUUCAAGGAUUUCAAAUUACAAUAGGAAGCUCAGAGACCUAUGAAGACUCAGACAUUUCCCCCUACUCACUUGAAAACUCAUCCUUAAUUAGUACAUCACAAAAUGAAUUGAGAAGACAACACAAGGUUGAGGACUUUAAGAAAUCGAAGGAUUCCCCUAUUCCAUCAAGAAGCACAAAGAAUUUGAAAGAAAAUUGGUCAAAUGAUCUAGAAGUUCAUAGUAUCAAUUAUAUCAACAAGAUGUUUGAACCUGGCAGUGAAAUACUCUCAAAAACUGGCCGUGUUGAAGUGUCACUUGAUGAUUACAUAGAUUCAUGGAAUGAGAAAGUCUUAGAAAGAAGGGGGCCAAGAUCACCAGGAUCAAUACCUAAAGAGAUGCAGAUUGAUAUCAGAACAGAUGAAGCUAUUUUGACCAAGGAUCCGCCAUAUCAUCCAAAGACCCUAUUGAACGAUUUUGAUAUCAAAGAUCAUGUCGGACCAAAAAUGAGGCAGGAGCCACUAGGCGCAAAAAGAGAAGAGAGAAGAGGCCGUCAGCUUGUAGAUGACAAAUUUAUUGAUAGGAAAGAGCAGCUUGGUAAUGACUAUCAGUUUGGGAUUGAGAAGUUGAACAAUAUUCAUGAGAAAUUGAUCGAAGAUUUCCAAAGGGAAACGUUAGAGGAAUUUGACACAAUCACCAGAGAAUUGGAUGAAGCUAGACAGAGAUCACUCAAGAGAUUCCAAAAGUUGAACAAGUACAUUCACGAGUCCAGUCUAAGUGUCAGAGAUCUCUUCAAUGAUGAUUAA